UAACUUCCUGGUCAUGUUGAUCAUCUGGGCGUGCGCAUGAGAUGAUAUUGAAAAGCUAUUUAGAGUACUCUUCCUACUUCUUACUCCAGUUGAGACAACACUGGAGACCGAGGUUAAACGAUGUUGACUUCCAUUGCCUGCGGAGCUGUGUUCUUCCCUGGACUCUAUGCAAUUUGUAGAAAAUGGCUAAAAUCAACUUUCAGUAAAUGGAAUGACGCCGACGUGGUCAUUGUUAGUGAAAGACUGCUUUCCUUGGUGCACGCGACAAUUGCUUCCACCGCUGGAAUUAUCGUCGUUACGUCUUGUCAUAACGUCAUGACCGACAGACAUUGGCUGGCGAAUGACUUUGUGUGUUUUGGGGCCCCUUACAUGGCCUAUGAUCUGUAUGCCAUGUACUUGAGCCACUGGCACAGCCUGAGAGUAAGAGGUCAGGAGGUCAGGGGUCACUCACUACACACUGUCUGGAGCUUCCUCCUCAGGGACCGCCUCAUGGUCCUUCAUCACUUGGCACUGCUCUUCGUCUUCUUGCCCGUCACACUGUUCCUCAGGAGAGGGCUAGGAGACUUCUUCGUUGGCUGUUUGUUAACCACAGAGUUGAGCACUCCUUUUGUGUCCCUGGGAAAGAUCCUUAUCCAGCUUGGUCUGCAGGAUGGCCAUCUCCACCAGGCCAAUGGGAUGUUGGUGUUGCUGAGCUUCCUGUGCUGCCGCAUCUUGCUCUUCCCCUACAUGUACCUGGCCUACGGCCGCCAGCACGGCCUGCCCCUGCUCUCCGUGCCCCUUCACCUGCCUCUGCACUGUAACAUAGGCAACCUGGCCAUCCUGGCGCCACAGAUCUACUGGUUCUAUCUGCUGUGUCGCAAAGCCCGGAGACUCUACCUGCGCCAGACCAAACCAAGCGAUCCCAGUGAUCUGACGCAUAGGAGCACAACACAGUAGAGGCGAUCCAAGAGGACACGUCAGCAGAAGCAGGGGUACUGCUGUGACCAAUCACAGAUGGGCAGGUGUACUGCUGUGACCAAUCGCAGAUGGCACUGAACCUUAGAGCAUUGUCCUGUUCCUGGCAGUCUGACUCGGUGUGAGCAUGGGUGUUAGCAUUGUUAGUGCUGCUGGGUUGUAUUAUUCCACCAUGUUAGCGGAUGGGGUUGUAAGUCAGGAUGGCAGUCUCUGCCCAUUUAUCCAAGAAACACAAAUGCAUCUCUAUAUAAAGAGCAGCUGUCUUUCCCUCACUGUAACUUGGGUUUCUCAGUCACAAUUGGACCUCAGCUUUUGGUAAAUGAGUGUAGCAGACGGAAGAGGAAAAAACUAAAUAAUGUGUAUGAUCUACUACUAUGACUGCUAAGUUCACUUAUGAAAGCUCUUGAACAGGAAGUUGUCUGCUAAAUGACUACAGUUCAUAAUUGAAUUGCUACCUCAGAGUUAUAAUUUCUAGUUAAGAUUAUAAACUGUAGCUACUAGGUAGCAUGUGUUUGCACUGUGGACAAAGUCUCCUAUCAUGACUGUUCAUUAAAUUGAGUUGGCCAAAAGAAUGUAAUCUUUUAAUGUAUUUUGCCUGCAUGAACAUACAAUAAAUUAUUACACUGAAAACAUUUCAUUA